GCCCAUGCUCUUACACUACACACGCACACCUUACCCCGCAUACGUACAUCCAUAGCGCCACCACCGACACCGACACCGUCCGCAAACGAAACAAACAACUAAGCCGGAACUGUGCUGCUGCUGCUGCUGCUGCUACUUACUACUCGUAAACCUAAUACGUAGUCAAGAAAAAACACCCCCCGUCGGCCAAAUACCGCCGUCCCAAAAAAAACAAGGGAGAAUAGAAUAAACUCCAUACAGUACAUACAUACGCAUAGACCCCAAACCCAUUCCAGCAUCCGAAAAAAAACACAUAAAAGAAAAGUAUGACAUCACCGCAGCAUGACCCCAACAACAACAACCGCCCAGGCUCGCCAUCAUGCAUGUCCGACACAACAGACAGCCACACCAUGUACACCCCGACCACAACCUCGGAACACACCCUUCCUGGUACUAUUUCCGACUACCCAGAAGAAGUCCCGGCCCAAAUCCCGCGUCACGGCUGCACUUACAUCCUGCGCGCCACAUCAUGGGACGACGGCAACAGUGUGCUGACGCUGGUCGACGGGUCGGUAGUGUUAGUCGCGCGCGGCACAACCCACGGGUCCAUCUACUGGGAGUGCGUCGAGACGCAGGGCUGGUUUGGGUGGAGGAAUUGUAGCUCGAGUAGGUUUGUGUGUCAUGAUGGGAAUGGGAGGCUCAAGUGUACGGCGGGGCUGGGGAGUGGGUGGCGGCAGUUUACCGUGACGCCGGUGCCAAAGGGGGGGUAUGUGAUGCAGAUGCUGGAUUGGUGGACGCUGCGGCCUGUGGUGGUUGAUCCGGAGAGGGGGCUGAGGAAGUUGGGGAGGAACGGGGAUAAGUUGUCGGAAGGGGUGGUGUGGGAAUUUAUCAAGGUUGAGCCAAACUUGGAUAGUAGCAUGUAAUGACUUUGAACGAACUGAGGUUUAUAAACAAGCAGGUCUCUUGUUUACCCUCUCAGACUGAAUGUAGACAUCGGUCUUGCCAUGAGAGCCGGACGACCUUAUACUGUAGAUGUAAAGAAAACAAUAAAGCUGCAUGUCACCAGAUC